AUGGAAGACAACGCCGAGCUCGAGUCCUUUCGCCGACAGUGGCGCGAGGAGGUGAGUCGUCGAUCAAGACCCAAGGUUACCCCUCUAGCUCCGACACCGACUGCCCCGCCUUCGUCUCGUCUUCCGCCAACACGCCAUGAGGCCUCUCACCGCAAUGAGGUUGAGGAGGAGGGUCCCCCUCUGGCUUCCUUCGACCCAGAUGAGCUGGCCCAACAAGUCGGGGAGCUGACUGUGGAACAAGCACCAGAUGAUUUUUCACGUCGAGAGGUAGCAGAACCAACAUCUGCUUUGGAACAUUUCGAACGAGGAGUUGAGAAGGAGGCUGAGGGCAACUUAGGAGACAGUCUCUCACAUUACCGCAAAGCAUACCGACUGGAUUCUGCCGUCGACAAAUCUUACCGGACCAAGCACUAUGCCCACGUAUGGAACAGACCGAAUCAACCCGCGCCCACACCUGCAGCGACAACCCAGCAACAGGCUGUAGAGGAGGCGAAGAUCGUACCAACACCUGAGCUUAUUGCAUCCUUUGCACACCUUCCAAUUCCGCAGGCGGACCCACUAAUUGAGAAUACACCUCCGCCACCAUGUCCAAUUGCUACCUUACCAUCGGAGGUGAUAGCUGAAAUACUGCGGCAUGUGGCCCUGGACGAUCCUUCGGCAUUUGGCCGAAUGGCGUUGGUAUGUAAGCGGAUGGCCUACCACUUUGCACAUGAGCAGCAAAUUUGGAGGCGAAUAUGUCAAGCCCCAGAGUUUGGCUUCCAGGGGAUGCAUUAUGAUUUUGCAUGCGACUUGAAUGGGCUUCCAAUCUACACCCUUGGUUCACGAUACACCCCAUUUCCCAAGGACGAACCGGCGGAAAUCCCCAAGCCUCUGUCGUCCUGGAGCCAAGUGUUCCAAACCCUUCCUCGAAUUCGGUAUACGGGCAUCUACAUUAGCACAGUAAAUUACACCCGGCCUGGUGCUACCGCUGCCUACUCCAAUGUCUCGUGGAACAGCCCCAUCCAUAUCGUGACUUACUACCGCUACUUGCGGUUCUAUCCAGAUGGAUCAGUCGUUUCACUGCUCACUUCAACCGAGCCAGUCGACGUGGUCCCUUACAUCAGCAAGGAGAACGUGCUCGCCGCGCACACUCCGGCGCACAAAAAGCACCAACUCCACCCCUCUGAUCAGGGCCAUUUAUUAUCUGGAGCUGCUGAUCCCGUGCCAGCCGUUGCCAUGAACACAUUGAAAUAUGGCCUUCGAGGCCGGUGGCACUUAGCUUCUCCUGCCGACGCGUCUGAACCCUCGACUGAGGCCUGGAAACCGGAGUCGGGAUCUGAUCAAAAAUCACUUCUGUCCGACGAGCGAGAUAUCGUUAUCGAGACAGAAGGCGUAGACCCGAAGUAUAUUUACACCAUGCAUCUGUCUUUGCGUUCUUCGACGGUUCCUAAAGCUGCUCAGGCUGGACCAGCUCCUCCUAACCCAUCAAAGAAUACGAAGCUGAUAUGGAAGGGAUUUUGGAGCUACAAUAGAUUGACUGAUGACUGGGGCGAGUUCGGCCUCCGAAAUGAUAGAGCAUUUGUGUUCCGCCGUGUGCGCGGUUGGGGACUAGAGUGA